AUGGUGAAGCUCGUCUGUGCGAUCGUUGGUGUGGCGGGAAGCGCUUUCCCUGUGGACAUCGACGCGAGUCAGCUGGUCGGAGACUUGAAGGACGCGAUCAAGGCGAAGAAGAUGUACCAGUUCCCUGCUGACGAGCUGCAGCUCUUCCUGGCGAAGACGGCGGACGGCGCGUGGCUGCCAGACGACGACCAAGCUGCGCUGGAUCUGGAGGACGGAAAGGUUCAUGAGGACAUUCAAGCGUUGAUCGAUGGCGAGAAGAUGAAGGCUACGUGGACAAUUGAGGACGUGUUGACAGCUAACAAUAUGACCAAACGGAAAGGGCGCGCUCCAAAGUCGAGACAAAUCCACGUGCUGGUGGUGGUUCCGGAGCAAGAACACGCACAAACUGGAUUGUGGCUUGUCACUGGAUCCGUUGAAAACGCGUUGAUCACGAAAGGGAUUCGCUGCAAACUGUACUGGAUGGCGACGUUACGCAUUGGAUACUACGAUCCUACGCGCUGCAUCGGCAACAAGAAUCGCGUCUUCUACUGCGACUACGUUCCAGACGAUUCGGAAUCUCCUCAAAACACAGUUUCAUCGAUAUCGUUGACUACAAGCGUUUCGAAUCUGGACCCAUCGACUGACGAGUUUCGUUUUCAGCGGAUUGAGGACGAGAAGUUCUUCCUACCGUACGGCAAGGCAGAAAGCUGCCAUUUGGUGUCGAGAAAGCAAAGCAGAGACCACAAACGGGAAUUCGCCAAGUACGAUCGCGACUCAAACAACAGGCUUGCGCUUUCUCGCGAAAUGCAUGGUUGGUUCGACGGUAUGAGCAUUGAGGUUCCCAUCGUCAACAUGCUACCCGGAUCUGUUGAAGAGAAUCAAUCCAUUGGCAACAGACGCAAGGUCGAGGUCUUCGUGAAGGUUCUGGAUGCUCAGUGCACAGAUCGCGUUUUCAGUCGUUUGAAAGGAGGAUCAACCAGGACGGACGAUCCGCUCAUGAUGAAGACGUUUGUUCACAAAGACAGUAAGUACCGCUUCUACCAAGGCAAGAACAUGGAGUCGCACCUCUACGAGGGAAUUCAGCCUGCUGAGUUCUACGACAAGCUCGAGAACGUGCUCGCAACCCAGAAGUCUGCCUUCAAGGUCAACAUCGCUCUUGGAUACAAGCUUGUCAGCAGAACUGAUGACAGCGAGACUCGCUACUUCCACCCGAAUAUUAGCAACACGUCUGUAUUUAGCACUCCUGUAGCUAUCAACAGCAAGGCUGAUAUUCGUAAGAAGGUGAUCUCGGAGAUUCGCUCCAUGGAGUUGGCUGACAAGCUCAACUACCCCAGCUCCGGGUACAUGGUGAAGGGGAUUACUGGCUUCAAAAUCUAUAUCUACCAACGCGACCAUGCUCUGGGUGAUAGCGAGGCUGUCAUUCCUAAGGUGAUUCAUGAUAACAAGCACGUCAUCAACUUCCCCAAGACGAACAACAAGUGUGUCUUCCACUGCAUUGCGUAUCACAAGCAGGAGGGAGCCAAGAAGGAUCCUCGUAGAAUCCAGGCUCUGCUUGAGGAGUGCUUCAAGCUGAACAUCAACGUCUUCAACAUGGAUGUUGAGACGGGCAAGGUUGAAUGCAUUCGCUGCUCGGACAAGGACUAUGAUUCGAUCAACAUCUUGUCGCACGAGAAUCACGCUCUCUACAUCACGAACGUUGAUAUGCUCCAGCAGAAGUACCAAUGCUCUACGUGUGAGAUGGUGUUUCUUAGCUCUGAUAAGCUACGCAACCACACUAAGAACCAAUGCGAACUCGUGAACAUCGAAUCGUUCCCAGCUCAGCCAACCAUCUACCAACCCGCUCCGAACAGCAUUCGUUCCAUGCUGACUAAGUACUCCAUCAAGGAUGCUGGCCAUUACAUUGAUCACUUCAUUGUCUAUGAUUUUGAGGCUAUCCUCAAGCCUACGGGUGUCAAAAACGGAGAGAAUACUAUCUUCACAAACGAACACAUUCCUGUGUCUGUUACCGUGGCCGACAGCUUGACUGAGGAGGUGCGAUGCUUCGUCAGCGAUGACCCGAAGGAGUUGCUCAAGGAUAUGUUCCAGUACAUCAAGGAAGUUGUGGCUAAGAUUCAGCAGUACAACGUCUCGAAGUACGAGUCUUUGCUCCGCAAAAUCAUCAACGUCCAUGAUUUGACUGACGCUGAGGUUCCUGGUCUAGACUUGGGUAAGACGUACAAGAUGGAUGAUGUCAAUGCUUGGAUUCAGAACGGGGAGUUUGCUUGUUUCUUCGAUUUCCACAGCAAGCUCACAUUCGACAUCAACCUUAUCAAGGCGGACCUGUUUACAGUCAUCGGUACUAACAACAUCACAUCAGUCAUCAAGAACCCUAGCUACAUGUGCAUCGCCACGUCAGACAUGAAAAUGCUUGACAUUAGCAACUAUGUUCCGGCAGGCACCAGCUAUGCAAAGUACUUGUCGACAUAUCUCGGUGAGUGCAAGUGUGAUGACAAGAUUCGAUGCGUCUGUGGCCCAGGAAAAGGGAUCUUCCCAUACGAGUACAUUACUUCAUUUGAGGUACUCAGUCAGCCGGAAGUCCCUCCUAAGUCGGCGUUCGACAGUGCUCUUCGUAGCACUAGCAUCAGCGAUGAGGACUAUGUGCGGGUACAGUUCGUCUCGGAACACUAUGACAUGAAGUCAAUCAAGGAUCUACUCAUUUGGUACAACAACCUCGAUGUAGUACCCUUCAUCAAGGCCAUCAAAGCCCAGCGAGAACUAUUCAAACGUUUCGAACUUGAUAUGUUCACUGAUGGUGUGUCGCUACCUGGUCUCUCUGAGAAAGUCAUGUAUCAGACGUGCUUCAACAACCUCCAGCAACCAAGUAAGGAGCCUGCUGAAGCGUUUGACUUUCCCGCUAGUCGCUUAAGUGGAUAUAAGACCCAGGAUGCUGAUGCCGAUCGUGAAUUCAAUAUGACGCUAGAACACCUCAACGACUUGCUAGAGCGACAAAAGUACCUGUGUGGGCUAUGCUACAAGCAACUCACAGCUUAUACUGCCUCGGCUGACCGAAUCAAUAACAAGCUCGGACACAUCGAUGAGAGGAGAAUCUACACCAAGAUGAAGGCGAACAUUGCUGGUGGUCCUUCUAUCAUCUUCACCAGAUACGCGAAACGCAACGAGACCAAGAUUCGAGGGGGUAGGAUCUGCAAAAAGAUCAUCGGCUACGAUGCUAAUGCUCUGUAUUUGUGGGCUCUUGGUAAUGAGAUGCCAUGUGGACGGUUGACUACCAUCGAAGCAUACACAGGGAUCGUCGAUGAUAUUGUAAAUGACAAGAUCUUUGGCUUCCUCGAGUGUGAUAUCCGUACACCAGAGCACCUCAAACCCUACUUCAGUGAAAUGACCCCAAUUUUCAAGAACACCCUUAUCGACCGCAGCGAUCGGAGUGUCAUCGGUCAGCACAUGUUCGAGUACAACGAGGAGCGCAAGCAAAGCCGAGCAAAGCCGGCUCGCAAACUCAUCGGGAGCUACUUUGGUGAGAAGAUCCUCAUUUAUGCACCGCUACUCAAAUGGUACAUUUCUCAUGGUAUGGAGAUCACCAAGACUUACAGCUUCAUCAAGGCUAGCUCCCACAAGGCAUUUGUACCAUUCAUGGAAGCCGUAUCGAGCGCGCGACGAGAGGGUGAUGAAAAUGUUAAAUCCAUCUGUAAGAUCAUUAUUGAGAAGAUGAUGAAACUGGUUGGUAAUAGUGCGUUUGGUCGAUCUGGCAUGGACAUGAGCAAGCACAAGGAGGUCAGGUAUGAGUCGGACGAUAAGGCAAUCAAGGCCAAGAUUGAGCACUUCACCUUCCAUGGAAUGGAAGAGCUGAAUGAUUCAUGUGAAUUCACUAUGAAGAAGCGAAAGCUCAACAAGAAGAACCCAAUUCAUCUAUCGAUUGCAAUCUAUCAGCUCGCUAAGCUCCGUAUGUUGCAAUUCUACUAUGAUUGCAUUGACUUCUACUUCGACCGUUCCGAAUUCCAGUACCAAGAAAUGGACACAGACUCGGCUUAUAUUGCGUUUAGCUGUGAGAAGCCAUUCGUUGAGUGUAUCAAGCCCGAGCUUCGUGAGCAUUUUCAGCAGCAUAAGUACGAGUGGUUCCCACGUGAUUAUAGCGAAGAGAUGGCUCAGUUUGAUCGCCGAACGCCAGGUUUGUUCAAGGAUGAGUGGUCUGGUGAUGCUAUGGUAUCAUUGUCCUCUAAGAACUACAUUUGCUACCUACCAGACGAAUCUUACAAGGUCAAGGUUUCAGCGAAGGGAGUCCAGCAGAGUGGUGGCCGCAAUGGCGACGUCCUCAACCCAUAUGGCUUUGAAUCAGUUGUUCGCGAUCGCAUCACGCUACAGGGCACCAUCAAGGGGUUUAGACUCAGUAAGGAGACCUUAUACCAGAAGGCUAAAGAACUGGAGCCGAAGAUUACGAUGAAAAUCGUCAAGGAAUGGUACUCAAACCAGAGCGAUAUUCAGCGAUUUCAGGAGCAGAAGAAGCGAUACGAUGGUUCCGGAGGCAGCUAUGGUGGCAAUAGCGACCUUACCGUCGCUGAGUUGAAAGCUAUCAUGAAGAACCUCAUCAUUCAUGAUCGUCCCCAGAAGACCCAAGCCGCUGUGUGGGCUACUGACCUCGACAAGUCGACCAAGAAGGUGGAGGCAUCUACCCAAACGGAAGGCGGCCGAGUCUGGGCUUACCAGCCAAAAAAAAGUCAAAGUCUGAAGACAUUUGCUCUAUAG